UUGGUGGCGCCCCUCACACCUGAGGCACCAAGUCCAUGCAAUCAAAAACCACCGUUACCUCCAUUGCCUCCAACGGUGCCUCCUCAACCUCCAUCGCUUCAACCUCAACCUAAACCUCCUCAACCUCCAUCACCUCAACCACCAUCACCUCAACCUUACCUCCAUCGCCUCAACCUCCAUCGCCUCAACCUAAGCCUCCACCAUCGUCUCAGCCUCCACCAUCUCAACCACCAUCGCCUCAACCUAAGCCUCCACCAUCUCAACCACCAUCCCACCACCAUCUCAGCCACCACCGUCUCAGCCUCUACCGCCUCACCACCAUCACCUCAACCUAAGCCACCACCGUCUCAGCCUCCACCGCCUCAACCACCAUUGCCUCAACCUCCACCACCACCGUCUCAACCACCAUUGCCUCAACCUCCACCGCCACCGUCUCAACCUCCAGUGCCUCACCACCAUUGCCUCAACCUAAGCCUCCACCGCCUCAACCACAACCUCCACCGCUUCAACCACCAUCUCCUCAACCUAAGCCUCCACCAUUCUCAGCCUCCACCGUCUCAGCCUCCACCACCUCAACCACCAUCUCCUCAACCUAAGCCUCCACCAUCUCAGCCUCCACCGUCUCAGCCUCCACCACCUCAACCACCAUCUCCUCAACCACCAUUGCCUCAACCUCCACCACCUCAACCUAAGCUCCACCGCCUCAGCCACCAUCUCCUCAACCUAAGCUACCCACCGUCUUCAACCAUCGCCGCCUCAACCCACCACCAGCUCUUCCUCAACCACCAUUGCCUCAACCACCACCAGCUCUUCCUCAACCACCAUUGCCUCACCACCACCAGCUCUUCCUUCAACCACCACGCUCUUCCCGCCUCCUCCACCGCCUCAACCACCAUUGCCUCAACCACCACCAGCACUUCCUCAACCACCACCAGCUCUUCCUCAGCCUCCACCGCCUCAACCACCAUUGCCUCAACCACCACCAGCUCUUCCUCAACCUCCAUUGCCUCAACCACCACCACCACCGCAGUCUGAUUGCCCGCCUCCACCAGACUGCCAUUCUGAUUGUGAACAUCCCCCAGAACCUGAUUGGCCACCUUUCGAGCCAUGGGUUCCACCUUUUAUAAAUCAAAACUGGAAGUGUUGGCAGUCACUUAACUCUAUUGGAAGUUGUGUAGAAGA